UUACUCAAAAAGUCACUCUUCUUCUCAAGUCUCAACUCCCGAGGACUACCCCCAUUUUCUCUCUCCUCCUCCAUUGAAGCUUCAUCUUCAAGCUACGCGAACUUCGAAUAUCACAACCAUAUUAUAAUAAACACGAUCAUAAAUUUUAUCAUAUAGUAUUGUGUAUUGAAAUUAAUUAUCAUUAUUAUUAUUAUUAUUAUUAUUAUUAUUAUUAUUGGUGUUGUUGUACCGAGAUUUUGAAUGGUGUGUUGGAUGUUGGAGUUUUAAAAAAGUGCUAUGGAUCCGCAGACGACGCUGAUGAAUGAGACGCCGUCGUUUAACUUGUCGGAGAUCUGGCCGAUUCCGAUGAACGGCGCCGCUGCGGCGGGAUUGGACCUCAGGAGAAGCCCCUUUGGCCCGAGUUUGGCCCGGUUUGUUGACCCUGGACCAAAUCUGGAAGUUUCUGGGAGCGACGGCGGAGGUUGUGGUGCGGCGAGGAAGAGGAGAGAGAAUGUUGAGGAUGAUGAUUCCGGCACGGGCGUGUGCAAUGGCAUGAGUGAUGCGGAUGGUAAACGGCUCAAAUCAACAGGAUCCGAAGAUGAAAAUCAGGAUCAGAAAGGUGGUAAUGAAACAAAUUCUGGAAAGGGACCAGAACAAAAGAGUAAGCCAGUAUCUGAUCCAUCAAAGGACUAUAUUCAUGUGCGAGCAAGGAGAGGUCAAGCCACUGAUAGCCACAGCCUUGCUGAAAGGGCUAGAAGAGAAAAGAUCAGUGAGAGGAUGAGAAUAUUACAGGAUCUUGUCCCUGGGUGUAAUAAGGUCAUUGGCAAGGCACUGGUACUUGACGAGAUCAUAAAUUAUAUCCAAUCAUUACAGCGUCAAGUUGAGUUUCUUUCAAUGAAAUUAGAAGCUGUCAAUACGAGAACCAGCCCUGGUAUUGAAGGAUUUCCGUCAAAAGAUUUUGGUCAACAAGCUUUUGAUACUUCUGGAAUGGGAUAUGGUUCACAAACUGCAAGAGAUCAGUAUGGUCGCGAUACAUCACCAGAAUGGUUGCAUAUGCAGAUUGGUGGUGGUUUUGACAGACAAACAUGACAAAAGGUCACUGUUUCCAGACCGGUAAUAAGAUCCAUUUUAGCUAGAAGUAGUUCAUACUCCUUUCAGUAAAUGUAAUAUUAUACUACCAGUACCUUGUCAUCAACACAGACCUUACAUCGAUUACUGAAUCAGGCAUCAAGUGUAGUCGAUCUGUGUUUGUAAGAAUACGUACUUCAAUUCAAUUUACACAUGCCCUAGCUUCUUUAUCA